ACCAUAGAGUAUUUAGUACGUUUCCAGAAAAUGGUUGGAUUGUGUGUUGGAUUUAGCUCUGACACGUAUUUUUGUAAUAGUCGUUAAUAGUUUGUGAAAAUUGCCCGAUGUUAUCAAAUUAUGCUUUGUAAUUUUAUGAGGAUUGUUAAUAAUAAAUAAAACAAUGGAGUUCCGUGAGACUUUACUGGCUGCUCAACGAAAUCAACAAGAGAAGUCAUCUGCCAGUUUGUAUUACAAGGCGCGGUUUGACCCUCCGAAAAAGGAGCAGAAACAAAGGGAUCGGCUGUCUGCAAAUAUCCAGAAGUUUUUGGCUAAAAAAGAUGAAGAGGAGAAACAGAAAAAACUAGAAGCUCAACGAAAGCGCGAGGAGCUGCUUGCUAUGCGUGACCCCAAAGCUCUCAGGAAAAUACAAAAGACGUUAAAAGUGAUUAAAUCUGCCAACAAGUCAGUUUUGGAAGAUGCCAUAGAUCGGGACCACACUGCUAUCACACUGCAGGGCCCAGAACAACCGGACCAAGAUGAUUAUGGCUAUGAAUCACAGGAGUCAGCUGCUCUCUAUCAAAAAAUGAUGCAAAAGUACAGCAAGAUACCAGAUGAACCAAAAUUUCCAGUGGCAAAUACAACUGUAAAGAAGGACUUGAAUGGUACAAGAGAAAGAGUCAAGCAAGCGUUGCAACACGAAGAUGACCCUGUUCCACAUAAGAGGCGGAGAAAAACUGAAAAUGGAGAGAAAGAUCCGAGCCCACCACCAAAAGAAGGGGAACGAAGGAAAGAAGAUCAAUCGAAACCUGACAAACCCAAAGUCAGGAAGCCCAUGCCGCCACCCAUGGACUUCAAUCAACUGUUGAAGUUGGCCGAGCAGAAGAAGAGUGAGCCGAUAGAAGUAGCCGCUAAAAAAAUGAUAGCAGAACAGGAGGCAGAAAGGUUGAUGACGAAGAAGCAGAAACGCGAGUAUGAAGAAGAGAUGGCGCGCCGGCAAAGGCGGCUGGAACGACUGGAGGCCGAGAAGGCGGGAGGCACAAAAAUUCAAAAAGAGGAAACAGUUAGGGAUAAGAAACCUGAAUCUGGAGGAUUUGGAAGAAUUCCAAAAGUAAAUGACAAAAUGUCUAGCAACCAACUAAAUGACCGAUCCAAAGCAUCAGACAGAGACAAAUAUGAGUUGGAAAGGGUGAAAGAAAGACAACGACAGGAGAGAGACAAAGCUAUACGAGACAAAUCAGACAGAGAGCGAUCAGAUCGGGAGAAGUUCAAUAGAGAAAAAUUGGAAAAGGAAAGGUUAGACAGAGAGAAGUUAGACAGAAUGAGAGCAGAAAGAGAGAGAUUAGACAGGGAGAUAGAGCGGUUAAACAAAGAUAGGGAGCGAUUAGACAAAACAAGAACUAAACUUGAAUCCAAAUCAUCAUCAGUGGAAAGAACAACUAAAUCUGAUAAAGGUAUUUCUAGUUCUAGAGAAUCAAAUAACAAACAAGAAAUCAAGAAAAAUAUUGAUCUAAAGAGCCAAAACACUUACAGGAUAGAUAAGAAUCCAGAGAGGAAAUUCACAAUACCAAGUAAGAAUGAUGGGAAGUAUUCUAAUGGCCAAAACCCUAAUGGAAAACCUAUUCCGAAAGUAGGUAAAGACCAGUUACAGAAGAAUGAUAGAGAUAAGGUUGGAAUGAUAAAACAGAAGUGUUCACAUGAUGGAUCUCCUAAACUAAAUGGUAGAAUAGAGAAUGGCAAAUGUCUUCCAGAAAAUGGUAAAGUGCCUUUAAAGAACGAUAGAACUGUGCAAAGUAGCAAGUCUGUGCCUGGAUCUAGUAAAGAGAAAAUUAGCAAUAGUUUUGAUUUUGAUAAACAUGUCAAUUCGUUGAAAAACACUAAUGGCGGGAAGAGGCCCGACGGUGGUCGACAAUUUCCUCCUAGCGACGUGAGGCGGAAAAUGCAGGCCAACGGGAUGAAGGGAAUGCCAAAACGUCGCGCCGUUCCUUCGGAUUCUGAAUAUGACUCUGAAAUGGAUGAUUUUAUCGACGACGGCGAUGAAAAUAUGGACUAUUCCACGCACAUUAGGGAAAUAUUCGGAUAUGAUAAAUCAAAAUACAGAGACAUCGACGACGACGAUGACCCAAUGAUGGAAUCCAGUUUUGCUCGGCAGCAGCGAGAAGAAUACAUCAGUAAGAAAAUUGGCAUAAUGGAAGAUUUAGAAGAUAUGAAGAUGGAAGCCAUGGAGAAAAAACGAAAAAAGAAAACCCGCCGGCUGAGCGAUGAUUGAUGAUUAUAUAUAACGCCUUAUCUCAUAACGGACCAAGAUUACGGUUGUAUAUUGCGCAUGUAAAAAUGUUUAAAGUAUAUUGGGAUAUAAUUUGUUUUUAUAUAAGUGUUUUGUGUAUAUUAAAUACAUAUAUAGUUGAUUUGUGAUGUGAUUUAAUUGAAUUUAAUAAUUAUUUAAGUCUUUUUUUUUCUGUUGUAAUUUCGCUUUAAGUCUACUGAGAAAAAAUAAUGCCAUCGCAACAAUAAAACUUAGUUACUGUGGUUAAAGUUGGAUACACUAGCAAUUUUUUUAUUAUUAAUUUUGAGUUGUUAUUCUAACAAUAAUAACAAACCUCGUUCUGUUAAAGUACGAAAAAAAGUCUACCUACUGUGACAAUAUUAUUAAGUCGAAUCAGUAUAACUAAAUACAACAAACUAAUUUUAAUAGUUGAACAAUGUAAAUU